AUGACGGUCUUGGAGGCUGUAAAGACUACAGGAAGGGUGCCUACAGGUCUUGACUGCGGGUACGAAUGGCAUUUAAGCCGGGCGCGUGGUAGCACACUCAGCAUCAAUGCCCUCGCCACACCCAAAAGAUGGCGUUUUGUCGACUGCAAGGCAUACUGUGACGACGACAUCCUCCGCAUCUGGGAGUCUGACCCGGCUAUCGACAUCUUAGCUUUGCUCCCUUUCGCCGCCAUCUCCUACGUCUGGAAAGGGGUGUACAAGUCGCCCGAGAGCGACUCGUACGCUGUUUGGGGGGCAGAGGAUGGUGAUCGGAUCGAUCACACUGUGUUCGCCCGUGCGUGUAUGUACGCACUGAAGAUCGGCGCACCGUACCUCUGGCUUGAUCGAUUUUGCAUGAUCCAAGGACACAAGGAGGACCAGGCAUGGCAGAUCCAGAAUAUGGCUGACAUUUACCGCAGGUGCCUCGCUUGUCUAGUUCUUCCUGGUGGAAUAGGCGGGUUCAUGCAAGUACAUGAGCAGACGGCGUGGAUCGACCGUGGCUGGACGUUACAGGAGACGCUUCUGCCCCGUAAUGUCUACUGCGCUGCCCGUUGGGACCUAGGGGACGGAACGCUAGUGCACGCUAAUGGUUUUGCACUGGAAGUUCACAAUCGCGAGGAUGAUGAUUGUGGACUACACUGGUUCAGCCUCCCAGACUUGCUACGCGUCGGUCCAGAACCGCAUUUCCAGCCGUCCGGCGCCGACGAUGAUGUGGGCGAUGCAGGCGUGGAACUGGAGUGUUCCAUCGUAAGCCCGCGAGAGUCCCAGCUACUUGAGCUUCAGGCUGCACUCACAGCGACGGAUCGAGAUGAACGGGAAAGCGCAAUCUGGCGCUGUGCGCUUAUGCGUUCAUGUCAGAGGGAGAUAGACCACGUUUACAGUAUCAUGGGCCUCUUCGGUGUAACACUUGACCCGACCCAGUACGAGGACCGUUCGGACGCCGCGCACGCUCUUGUCGAUUGCAUCUUGAGACAGGGAGGGAAGGCAAAUUGGCUGGCAGCAUGGCAGACGCGCCCCAUCUCGCCAUCUCUCCGCUCGCUGAAUCUCAUGCCGGUUCCCGGAGGAUAUGUAACAGGAUUUGACUGGUAUCUGGGGAAUGCGCCGAGUGGUAGCAUGAUUUCCGUCGUGACAAGACCGAGGGAAUCGGGUUACAGCUACUACGGAUUGUACAACAUGGGACCUUCGACCCGGACGGGCAGUUUCUUCAGGAUGACGGUUCCUAUCUCUCCCAUAUCGUUCGUCGAUGAAGCAGGAUCCGACGCAAAGAUUGCCACUGUGGAGUCGGGUCAUGGUAGACCACUUGCAACUGGUCGGGCAUAUAUAGCAGGACGAACUGGAACACAUGCCGCUGUUGUUGGAGAGCGGCGGUUCUAUUCAGCUGCGAAUGUGGGGCACGUCCCUCUUGAGGAAACGAUCGUCGUCUUGUUAGUUACACCUUACGAAGAGGACGGCGUCUUACUCUACCGUCGAGACGGCAUGGCCGUUGUAUCUCCCGCACUGAUCGAAAAUUGGCCGCGAGGAACGUUCUCGCUCGCGGACCAUAUUUCAUGGCCCUGGAUGGCGAAGGAACAUCUGGAAGAAGUGAAGAAACUCCCGAAAGAUGGCCGCACCGGUUGGCCAUACAGAGAGAGCAGGAGUUAUGGCUAUGCAGGUUGGCAAUGGUCGGGACUGAGCGACUGGGGGUAUGAAGCGUUCAAGUAA